AUAUAUAUAUAUACUCCUGCAAAUAAAAUUUGUCUGGAAUAGACUAUAUAUAAUAUACUCCUGCAAAUAAAAUUUGUCUGCCUGUCUAUUCCUUUUAGAGAAAAAUUGCUAGCCAAAGUAAACCAGAGGCUGCUUGUUUAUUUUUCUCCACUGUGAGGGCCCCCACUCGAGCUGCACCAACUCACUAAAUUUAUUCAAAGUUCAAUGAUUGUACCGUCAGCGUGUAGAAUAAACCCAUAAAGAAAAACGUUGCGAGGAUGGACCGAUCUCUUUCUUCGUUCCGCACUGGAUUCCAGUCCUAAUUCUCGUCCGUGAGCUUCUCCUUCUCCCACCGACGUCGACCAGCCGCCUCCAGAUCGGACGCAAAAGAGUCACAGGGCGGUUUCUCGGCCAUGGCCGACAAAUUUCUCGGCGGCGCGUCCACGCGGCCGCUCCUGGUGGCCGCCGCCUCCCUCACCGCCGUCGUCCUCCUAUUUUGGAUCUCGGGAACCACUCGCAGUCUGCCGCUCGAUUCGCUCAUUCGCAGCAGCAGCAGCUUCUCGCCCCCUGAUCGAGAACUCAAGAACUGCUCUGCAGCAGCAGCAGCAUCUACCGGCGGUCCACCGCCACGGUCACUGCCGGACAAGCUCCUCGGCGGCCUCCUCAGCCCUGACUUCGACGAAGCCUCCUGCGUGAGCCGUUACAAGUCUUCCCAAUUCUGGCACUCCAAUCACACCCCUUCCUCUUACCUCCUCCGGAAGCUCCGGAACUACGAAGCCCUCCACAAGAAGUGCGGCCCCAACACCGAGCUCUUCAACCGGAGCCUCCCCCACCUCAACGCCAGCACCGGCGAGGGCGGAAACUCCGAGUGCAACUAUGUGGUGUGGCUCCAAGCCGGCGGCCUCGGCAACCGACUCAUGGCCCUCGUCUCUGCCUUCCUCUACGCCCUCCUCAACGACAAGGUUCUCCUCCUCAGCGUCCCCGGCGACCUCCACGACACCUUCUGCGAGCCAUUCCCGGACACCUCAUGGGCUCUGCCGUCCGAUUUCCCCAUCUCCAACUUCGAGACCCAUGACUUCUACGGCCAGUCGGCGCGCAGCUACGGCAACUUGCUCAAGAACAAGGUGAUCAGUAGAAACAGCACCGAAAGAGCCUUAUUGCCGCCUUUUCUCUACCUCCACCUCACACACGACGCCGGCGACUCCGACAAAAUGUUCUACUGCGAGGACGCGCAGUCCCUGCUCCAAAACUUCACCUGGAUUUUCUUGAGGUCGAACCAGUAUUUCGCGCCUGCUCUGUUCCUGAUGCCGCAGCAUGACGAGGAGCUCUCGAGGCUGUUCCCAGAGAAGGAGACGGUGUUCCACCAUUUGAGCAGGUACCUUCUUCAUCCCUCCAACUCCGUUUGGGGCUACGUGACGAGGUACUACGAGGCCUAUUUAGCCAAUGCCGGGGACAUACUUGGGAUUCAAGUUCGAAUUUUCCCCAACGCGCCGGUCAAAUUCGAACUGAUGCUCGCCCAAGUCAUCAACUGCACGCUGAAAGAAGGCAUCUUGCCGGACACCCUGAUCGACGCGCCGGCGAACUCCUCGACGGCGAUGGGAACGAAGGCGCCGAAGGCGGUGCUGGUGACGAGUCUCCAGACGGGCUACUUCGAGACGCUCCGGAACAUGUACUACGAGCGGGCGACGGCGACCGGCGAGGUGGUGGGCGUGUACCAGCCGAGCCACGAGGAGACGCAGCGGACGGAGCGGCAGGGGCACAACGCCAAGGCGCUGGCGGAGAUGUACCUGUUGAGCUUCAGCGACACGCUGGUGACCAGCGCGUUCUCCACGUUCGGGUACGUGGCGCAGGGCCUCGGCGGGCUGCGGCCCUGGAUCGUGAUGCGUCCGGACGACAGAAACAACCCGGCUUGCCUGCGGGCGUCGUCGAUGGAGCCGUGCUUCCAUUUCGCGCCGGCGUACGACUGCAAGGCGGGGAGGAACGUGGACAAGGGGAAAGUGGUGCCACACGUCAGGCACUGCGAGGAUUUGAACUUCCAUUGGGGGCUUAAGCUCUUCGAUUAGGAUCGAAGAAGAUAGAAUUGAUGCCGUGAGCGAUUCUUAAUUAUUUAUUGUUAAAUGUUUAUUCAUGAUCAUGAGAAAAAUAUUCGCAUGUUCUUGUUCUUAGAAGAAUUUAUACAAUAAUUAAUCCUUAUUUCUAUAAA